AUGCGGGUCCGAUCACUGCGUCGCAGCGGAGGGGGAUCAGCAGCAAUCGGGGAAGGCUGGUGGCCAGCAGACAAAGAUCCAGAACCAUCGGGCUCUGGUUGGAUAGCGGGACUGGGCCGAACCGGAGAGGGAGAUGGAUGGGCCGAGGAAGGCGCUGGAGUGACUAGGCUGGAGGAGAGUGCGGGCCCAUCGGUGGGAACUGGAGUGAUGGGCCGGAUUUGUGGCGAACCAAGGUCACGGGCCAGGCUGGGGGGCGAAGACGCAGGCCUAGGAGCACGGGCAGCAGAUGCAGGGAGCCCGGGUGGAGGUAUUGGCGCGGCCGGGAUGGACUCGUCACUCAAAUCCUCCUCAGCCUGUUGUAAAAUGUCCCCAGGAAUCCAAUGCAGCUGUUGUGGUGUGCCCGAUUGA